AUGUUUCCACCACCCCCCGCCGCGCUCGAUUGGAAAGACAUUGGAUUCAAAGUCCGUGAUGUCAACGGCCAUGUGGAAUGUCAUUACUCCCAGUCGGGCAAUGGCCAGUGGUCCGCUCCUCGAUUCGUGCGCUCUCCGUACCUCUCGAUUCAUGGGAUGGCCCCCGGUCUCAACUACGGCCAACAGGUCUACGAGGGUCUGAAGGCGUUCCGUCACGCCGACAACAGCAAGAUCACCAUCUUCCGACCCGAUCGAAAUGCCAAACGCAUGCAGAAAUCCGCCGAGGUCGUCUCCAUCCCUCCCGUGCCCGAGGAUCUCUUCCUCGACUGUGUGCGACUGGCGGUCGGGGCCAAUGCCGAAUUUGUGCCUCCCUUCGAGUCUGGUGCCGCCAUGUACGUUCGACCGCUCCUGUUCGGAUCCUCCGCCCAGCUGGGUCUGACCCCUCCGGAUGGCUAUACGCUGGCGGUGUUUGUGAUGCCGACGGGGGUGUAUCACGGGGCGAGUGCGGUGGAUGCGUUGAUCCUGGAGGACUUUGAUCGCUCGGCACCUUUUGGCACGGGCAAUGCCAAGGUGGGGGGCAACUAUGCGCCCGUUCUCCGACACAGUGAUCGCGCUCGUCGGGAAGGGUUCGGGAUCACCUUGCACCUGGACAGCGCGACCCGGAGCGAGAUCGACGAGUUUUCCACCUCCGCCUUUAUCGGCGUGAAGCGGAUGGGGGAGGGAGUGACUGUGGUGCUGCCGGAUAGUCGCAAUGCGAUCGACUCGGUGACGGCCGCAUCAGUGGGUGACAUUGCUCGCCAUCUCGGCUAUCAGGUGGAGAGGCGACCGGUGCGUUACGAAGAGUUGAGUCAAUUCGACGAGGUGAUUGCCGCGGGGACGGCGGCGGCCCUCGUGCCGGUCCGGAGCAUCACGAUGCGCUCCCAGGGCGACAAGUUCGGAUACAUCUGUGGCGACGAGGCGCAAGGUGGCGAGAUCUGUGUCAAACUGCUGCAGACUCUGCGCGGCAUUCAGUCGGGCUCGAUGGCCGAUCCGAUGGGUUGGAACUAUGAGGUGACGGCGCCGCCGAAGGAGUGGAUGGAAGAGGGGGCGGAACAAAAGGUCGAUCAAAGUGGAACGACGGUUCCUUGA